CUCGACCAUGUUUGCUGCCGUACCACCGAGGGGGUAUAUCUGAGGAAAUAAUUUUGUGACAGCUAAGCAUGGUUUUUUCUGUUUCUGACUAUUGUAACCGAAGUUCAUAAUGCUCGGCACCUGUCUUUGGAUGUCUGGUGAUGUCAGAUUGCCAUACGUGGCAUGAGAGAAUGCUGUUUUUUACCAUGCCAUCACAGCUUCUAUGGCAGUGAGGAAGGCAUUGAUUGUGGUCUAUAUACUGACCAAAGGUGACAGCGCAGAAGAAACGAAUCGGGUAUCAUUGGCGCGCACUCUCGCGCUGCACAUGGCUCAAAGGAUCAGAGCAAACAAUCCCCAACUCCGCUCAUAACGACACUCCAAGAUUCCGCAAAGACAGACCCCAGACUCGGAAAAGAAAACUUCUCCCGGGCCAAACCCACCGCGCCUAGACAACCUCAUCGGCCUUGUCACUCUCCACGUUCGAACCCUUCUCCUGCUCCUGCCGCUCCUCGGUAUCGGUUCUCCAGUGCUCCUCGGCAACAUUGUUCUGCUCCUCGGUAUCCUUGUCCUCCUGCUCCUCAGCAUUGUUCAUCUGCUGCUCGCCGACAUCCUUCUCCCCAUCCUCAACUUCAACCACCUCUUUCUCGACCGGAUCGACAACUUUGUCCGUGGCACGACCGGAUGCAACUGGACGAGCCGGAGCAGUCUCGGGAAGAGCAAGACCAAACACGGCGUAGCCAAGCUCGUCCAAAUCCUCCACGAUCAAAGCGCACCAAGAUUCCUGCUCGACGCUGAUCUCGGCCUCGGUGCGGGCGACGUACACGAGAGGGUAAUUCCACGUCUCGGAAUUCUCUCCCUUCUCACGAUGGGAUUCGAGCUGCUUGAUGGUGCCCUCGAUCAACAUCAUCUCUUCGCGCUUGAGUUUGUUGCUGUCGUCUCCUGUGUGCGGGAAUUCAGUUGGCAGCUGAAGGGGAGAAAAAGGAAAUCGGAAUGGCUUACCCUCAACUUUGAGUCCCUUGUCUUUGAGGUACUCAUCAUAUGCCUCGAUAAUGUCCUUGGUCUCGAUGGGACGGGGCGGGGCUGUGACACCGCGGCUGAUCCAGGCGUUUUCAUUGUCGAUGUAGAUGUCAAAGAUGUCGACGGUUCCCAACCGGAGCAGGGCAUCGACUAUCAAGGGGCUGUUGUCACUGUAGAGAACGAGGACGAUGCCCUCCUCCUUGGCGGCGCGGAGAACGCGGACUGAGUCGCUGAAAUAGGCAAGCUGCUCGACGGCGUUGGCUCUGCCGUAGGCUUUCAUGUAGGCCUCCUCGGAAGCCUUUUGCUUUGCGCGGUACUCUUUCUUGGAGAUGCCGAGGUGGGCGAGCAUGUCAGGCCUGCGGGAGAGGUCUGGUUAGAGAGUGCAGAAACGCGAGAAGAUUUUUUGCGACUCACCAGGCACCGCUGUAGGAGUACGCCUCCAUGAUCUCGUCUUGGGUGGGCAUCUGGUGGGUGGGAAAGACCUUCUGGAAGACCUUGCGCAUGGCGUGGCAGAUGCCAGUGCGGUUCUCGAGAAUGGCGCUGGCGUCGAACACGAGGGCUUUGGGACGGACACCCUCGUAUUUGGGGAUCUCGUCCACCUUGUCGAAGGAGCGCUUCAUUGGGGCCCGUUCACCUGGUUGAAAGUGUUAGUUGGUAGGGAAAGGUUCUGGGGAAAGGUGAGAGGUGAGAGGCGUUCAGGGAGGUCAAGAUGUUGUGGAAGGUGAAGGGAAUUGCGAGAGGCGAAGAUAUUUGUAGAUGGGCAAGAGGCUCUGGAAGGUAGGAUAUGUAGCCCACCGGGCCACAUGACUGGAGGAGUAGGGUAUUGUUGAAGAUGGGACGAAAGGAAGGCCCUGAGUGAGAUCGGACGAAAAGACAUGGUCUCUGGGCUGGGUAAUGUGGGUUGAAAAGACAAGAGUCCCAAAGAUGAUGGGACAAAGAGAUGGGCCCGAAACGCCGCCUCCUGGCCCUCAUGGACUCGUCCCAGAGCCUUCUCGUGCUCCCGGAAUCUGCCCAUGAGAGCCUCGAGGUGCUUGAGAGCCGGCUCGGAGCCGGGUUCGAACUUGAACCUCGAUGCGUUCGCUCAUGGUGGUGAUGGCUUGGGAACGAAGAGGGUGGAAAGGGAAGUGUGAAUCUGGAGGUGGGUUUUGUGGGCUAGAGGAGGAAUAGAAGGAAGUGCGGCUUGUGUGUGCGGUUGGGACUAUGGGCGGCUUGGGUAUCAAGGCAAUGAGGCUGCGAUGUCAACUUACCACCGUUGUCGUCGUCGGUGAUCACGAACUCGCCGCUGAUGUGCUGCGGCUUGGUGGGAGACAUCUCGGCGUUUUGCCAGCCGACAGGGUGAUUGUGGUUGGUGUUGGAGGAAUAGGAGGCGGGGCUAAAGAGUUAUUUCGACCGUCGACGGUGGAAAUACUUAUAAUAGCCUGGCAUAUCGUGCUUCUUUCAGGCUCUGCUUGAGCCAUUAUUCCUAUUCACUUGAGUAAUUGUCUCCUAUAUCGCUCCUCGAUCUUGAAAUUGACCCUAACCCUGAGAAGGCUGGUUGGAUCCCAGCAAAUUCAGAUCAAGUCGGGUUUCGCGGCAUUUCUUGGUCCCAACACUUGACAUGAUCUAUUUUCAGCAUCAAUGUCAAAUUUGAUCAAUAUUUUUGAUUCAUGAGCUGAAGUUUCAUGAAAUAUACCACACAGCCAACAGAAUCAUUUUGUAUCUUCAGGUUUCGAGUUCAGCCAUAGGCAUCAUGGGCAGCACCACCACCACCACCCCCGACAUUCGCCUGUCGACAGACCUAAUCUCCCAUCUCCAAAAAGCCAUCCCUCAAGACGGAACCCGUGACUCCCUCCUCAGCUCCGUCAUCCCUUCUCUUCUGAAGAGCGUGGCCGAGAUCGCCAGAGACCUACAAAGCUCUCACCACGUCUCCGCAGCCGGCACCUCCAACAUCUUUGGUGAUGACCAACUCAACGUCGACGUCCAAGCCGAAGCCCACAUCCGCCAAGCCAUCACCUCCUGUCCCACCAUCGUCACCGCCUCCAGCGAAGAAGACCCGGUCGAACGCCCCGUUGUCCACACCUCCUCCUCCUCUUCCUCCUCUUCCUCCUCCUCUUCCUCAUGCCACGAAAAAUACACCCUCGCCUUCGACCCCCUAGACGGCAGCUCCAUCAUCCCCUCCAACUGGACGGUCGGCGCCAUCAUCGGCCUCUGGGACGGCCCCUCAGCCCUCAACACACCCCCCUCCAAAUCCCAAUUCCUCUCCAUCCUAGGCGUCUUCGGCCCCCGCACAACAGCCAUCAUCGCCAUCCGGCUCCUGUCUUCCCUUCCAUCAAUCUGCCUAGAAGCAGGCCUUGACAACCUAACCCAAACAUGGGAACUCACCCGCCCUGCUUUGUCUCUCUCGGCCCCGAACCCAAAGACAAAAUACUUUUCUCCGGCCAAUCUGAGGUCGGCGUCGGAUAUACCACAGUAUGCCGGCUUGGUGAGCCAGUAUAUCGCCCAGGCGUACACGUUGAGGUACUCGGGGGGGUUGGUGCCGGACAUUGUCCACGGGUUGGUCAAGGGGCAUGGGGUUUACUUGUCGCCGGUGAGCGGGAGGCACGGAGCCAAGUUGAGGCGGCUGUAUGAGCUUUGUCCUGUCGCGCUGGUGGUCGAGUGCGCGGGAGGGGAGGCGGUGGAGUUUGAAAGGGGGGGGAGGCGGAUUUUGGAGAGGGAGGUCAGGGAGACGGAUGAGAGGGGGGGUGUUGUUUGCGGGAGCGGGGAGGCUGUUGCGGAGGCGGUGGGUAGACUGUUUGCCUGA